AUGCCCGCCCCCCGCCUCGACCGGUGCGACGUGGUCCGGCGGGAGGCGGGCGCCGAGCUACUCGUGCGGUGGAGUCCGUCGCUCUCGCCGACGCGCCAGCCGCUCGCCGCCUGGGUCGUCGAGUACUGCGCAAACGACUGGUGGCGGUGGCGGCGGCAGAGGGUGCCUGCGGGCGAGGAUACGGAGCUGAGGGUGGCGCUUGCGGGCGUCGCGGCGGAGCCGGUUGCCGUGCGCGUGCAGGCGCUCCACGGCCGCCGCGCCUCCGCCUGGUCGCGCGUCGGCCGCGCGACGUCGUCGCGUCUCGUCUUUGCGCGGCUGGAGGCCUGCCCGCUCGGAGCGCGGCUGUCGCUGCGCACGCGGGCGGAGGUGGGCGGCUCGACGCCGGCCGCGGUCCAGCUCCACCUCUCCCUCGCGGGAGGAGGCAGAGUCGGCGCCAGCCUCCAGGUCGUCCUGGCUCCGUCUCGCGAUGCGGCGGACGCUUCCGAGAAACGUCCGCCCGCCGCGGCAGCCUGCAGGGCGGUGGCGAGCGUGCGGAGCGCGCCGGCGGUGCGGACGCGGGUGGCGGCACUCCUUCUCGUCGACGACGGCGUGCGC